UAAAGCGCGAGGCGUUUCCAUGGCAGCGUGACCAGGAAGUUGGAGCGCAGGAGGAGAGUGUAAAAGUCGGAUUGGUUUUGGCAAAUAAAACUAGCUUCUCGCCCAUAUGACUUUUCCAGAGUUUCAGGUGUUUAUUGCCAGAACUUUAGGUUAACAUCUCCACCGUGAGUCCAAGAUGUCUGGAUCCAUGAGAGCCAGUUCAGCGCCAGGCUCGUCGAGGCACGCGCUGGGCAGCAAAGUGACUGAACUGAAUAUUCAAGCUCCAGUGGAGAACAGAAAAACACAGCCUCCUCCUGUCAACAACCAGAUCAUCCCAGAUGAACUGCUGGUCAGCCUCACCUCUACUGUCUGCAACAGGAGCACAGUGGGGCACACUGCACACCAACGGCACUGCAAAGGCGGUGGAAUCAGACGGCCAGAUGCAGUUUGGCAUCAUCCUCUGGGACGCAAGAAAUACAAAUACUUUCUGGAGCAGCCAACAUCACUGACUGGAGCUGGCAGGGAUAUUUCAUUUCUUACUGACUCUGUGGUAACCCAGAGGAAGCCAGCAACCCUCCCACCACUAAAGACAGAAGACAGAAGUGGCAGUGGCGACAUGGAGAGCUCCUGUGUCUCAGAAACUCUGAUCCCAGAAGAAUAUCGCAUUGUGAAACACAAAGGCCUGCGGAGCCUUGAGUUUUAUGAGGACGCAUUUACAGUGCAGCUGCUGGAUGAUGAACAGAAGCUACGGGUCUUGCCUUCACUGAAGCCCAGUGGCAGACUGGAAGUGGUCCAGCUGAUGAGGAUGAUGGACGACAUGCUGGAGAAGGCUGGAGUGGAUCAACAGAGUGAGGAGCUGACUGAGUUAUCCCAGAUGGAGGGUCUGCUGGAGCUGGUGCAUGUUGAGCAGAACAUCUACAACAUUGUUUUCCAUGAAGUGAUUAGGCAGGUCAGCGUCGGCUGUGCUGAGAGAGGACAGCUGCUUGCUAAGCUCAGGCAGCGCUAUCAGUCCCUGCUGGAUCGAAUCCCUCGUCAUCUGAAGGCUUUACACACCGAGGCUGUGGCACAGCGGGCUCUGGACCGCCGGCUCACUGAGGAGAUCUGCCUUAUCAAGACAUCCAUCCAACAGCUCAGCAUGGAACUCUCCAAGAUCAGAGACCAUGAUGCAUUUGUUUCCCAGCAGGCGGAACAUGCUCAGCAGCAGCUGGCUGAAGCACUCGAGCAGACUCAGGCCAACUCAGAUGUGGUUCAGGGCUACCACGAGCUGUACGAGCUGCAGAGGGCCCGCCUUGAGGCUCAGCUGGUUCAGAUGACUGAGGAGAGAGACUGCUGGAAACAACUUACCUUCUGCGUCGCUUUUAAAGUCAUCAGCGUAAAGAAGCUACAGCUUGUCAGUCAGCUGCAUGUCUGUGAGCAGAGCUGGUUCAAGACAGCAGAGCACUGUGUCCUUUAUCUCACUUCAAAGGACACAGACAACCUGAAUAUCAUCCUGGAGCUUAGUGACCACUGGAAAGAGCAGCUGUCUGCAUUCAUGUCCCAGCUGAAGGAGACUGAAAAUGCUCAGUAUGAACAGACCAGUGCCAUCCAGCAAGGCAUCGCUGAGUGGCUCACCUUCUGCAUCACACACAACAAGUGUCCUGAUCCAAAAUAUGAGAACGCUUCAUUGGAAAGGAUUCAUGCUGAUUUGAAGCGGUGGUCAAAUAUGUUGGCCCUCCAGUGUGAGCGCUACCAAGGUGAGAAGGUGCUUGGAUUCCAGCAGACGCUGAGUGAGCUUGGCCAUGUCCAGGAAAGAUGGCUUAAUAUGAGCCUUCAGAUGUUCAGCAGACACCCUUCUCCUGAUGGUGAACCCUCUAAAGGUCAGCAGGCCCUGGGAGAGCUGGACAGAGUCCUACCUGAACUACUCAAACAGCUGGACAUGCAAGUCAGUGGAGAAAGUGGAGUCCACAGACACAUCACAUCACUGCUUGGGCUUAUGGAAUCCUGGGUUUCCAAACUUGGUGCAGUGAUUGGCCAGCCAGAAAUGUCUGCCCCUGUUUGGCUGAAGCUGGAGAAGACACUGUGCAACUGGGAGAAUUUGACUGAAGAAGCCUUGCGGAACAUGUGCAGCAUGCAGGGAGAGAACCACAAGGACAAAAACAAGUCCAAUAUAUAUGCAGAGACAAGGCAGGUGUUAGACAAAGUACAGGAGUUCAUAAAGAGUCUAUGCAGUUUUACUGAUGGUGUGAACCAGAGGCUCAGGAAGGAGCUCAGUUCUAUUCACAUGGCUCAGACCCGCUGGAUGAUAGAUCUGUUGCUCCUCAUGGUACCUGACCACAGCGAGAACCAGAGUCAAGAACAGAAAGACUACUCUGUUCCAAACAUCUCACUACAGACAUUGGAUAAGGAUGCUAAGAUACUCACUGAGAAACUGGACUAUUUUUCCAGAUACAUCACAAGCUUUUACAAGCUGAUUCUAGAGGAGCGGACUUUGCACAACCCACAUCAAGCUGAGGAUGAAGAUGAGAAUGAGGAGUGCAAAAAGCUGCAGAUGGAGUGCAUUGAUUGGGUGGAGACCUGUAUAAUUCUGCUCUCAAAAGUGAAAGGUGGUCCUGCGGAGGUGCCUGCCAGGCAACCUGCUACUACGUCCAGGAGCAAUGACUCGACCUCUCCAGCAGACAGCACAGAGACUCUGGUGAACAAAGAGGUUUCAGUAACAGAACCUAGAGAGAGCACUGCUGAAGGACAUAAAACACAUCAAGAGGGGGAGCUAAGAGACUAUGAAGAAGCAGUGGUUAACAUGAUUGAUUAUGACAGAAGCAUCAUACAAAGAAAGCUGGGAGAGAUCAGUGUCCACUUGAAAGGGACUGAUGAACUGGUUGUAUCUCCAGUAACAGAUGAAGCUCAGAAAGUGUUUAGUGACCUGAGCACAGUAGGAUUACUGCAGCAGGAACUGAAGGAUUCAGAGCUGCGGCUCCAGAUUGCUGAGCAGCGAGCCCUGAAAGCUGAGGAAGCCCUGCAGGCAGCACUGGAGAAGAUUCAUGGCAUGGGGGAACAACUACAGGGUCUGCCCACUUUGGAGCCCAAAAUUAGUGGGGAGACUAAGAAAACACCACCACCUUCCCCCCAACCACCAGUAACACCCUCGGCUCCUCCAAAAAAAACAGCUCCUGAAACCAAAACAACAAACAGCACCAAAAAGACCAAGAAACGCUGAUAAUCUAAGAUCUUAAAUGAUCGUAUAUGUUUGGAACUGUCCAGUUAAUGCUGGGAGAACUGGUUUUAGAAUCACGUUUAGGUUUCUGUGUUAGAAUGAGAGAGGAACUUACUAGCCCAUAUAUUAUCUCACAAGUUUUCAAAAGACAGAAAAUAGAAGGAAACAAAAAGGAUCAUUAACCAUCACUGCCAUCCAAGUAUCAGGAGGUCAUCCUUAUUCAGAUUGCAUUGUAUGAAAAUCACUUAUUGAGGUUAUCAGUCAUAUUAUGGCUUGCUGUCCGUAUGUUUUGUUUUGUUUUGUUUUUUGUCAUGUUUGUUUUGCUUCCUUAUUUCCAAAUGUCAGACUUUUCUGGACAUUUAUUUUUGAACAGAGUUGGCGAGAUUUUUUUUUGCUUCUUAAACACAUUAAAUGACCAGAUUGGGUAUUACAGUUGCAUGCAAGACCCAUAAUUUUACAAAAUUAUUCUGUAUUUCUAUCAUAGGAAAUUGAAAGAACAACUGUAGUUUGCUUGAACC